UGGUUUUGUAGAAGUUACACAGAAUACUCAAAAUUAGAUUAAGUCUUUAAAAAAUUUUUAGUUGGGUUAUAAUUCACAUACCGUCUUAGUUUCAGGGCAUACCAUAAUGAGUCGCUAUUUUUACACACUAUGAAUCGAUCACCUCGAUGGGUGUAGUUACUUUCUGUCACUGUACAGAGUUACCACAGAGCUCGUGCAGCGGAAGCCCGGCCAACAGAAGCGCCACCAUACGGGGGCUGGUGUUCACCGAGGGCCCGGCCGGCUGUGUUGUAGGAACAUGGAUAUGCCGGCCACGUCCUCUGACUGCCGAAGAUCUGGGCUCUGCCAGGGCUAGCAGUCGGGAAAGGGGAGAGACGCAGAGGAAGUCACCCCCCCCCCCCCCCGCCGCCGUCACCUGCUGUCCCUGUGAGGAGGGUUGAUUACAGAGGGUUCCAUGCAGCCCGAUUAGCACCUUCCCGCCUAGCUCUGUGUGGGGGGUUGUACCACUUGAAGAACCAGUGAUGAGAAUGGUUAGGGUGUACCGCCUCCGCCAUGAGCCGCCCUUCCAGCCUGGCACUGACUCGACCGGACGUGAAUGUGACCCCCCCCCCCCCCCCCCGAACUGUUCCUGGAAGCCAGGGCUGGGAGCUGCCUCCCCUGCAGUUGUGUGUCCGUGCUUGCUCUGCCCUCAGGACUCCGGCUGGUUCUUGGUGGCCAGGGAAGUGUCUCCUUGGGCUGAUGGCACAGUGGUCCUAUUUUGGGCUCUGGCAAGAAAACGUGCUGCUGCUCAGCCCUUUGUGACCCCAGUCCCUUCAGGACCCAGUGCCAAGAGAUUCCCCCCCCCCCACCCCCAACCUCAACCCAGACCACUCCUGGUCUUGGCCUCUGGACUCUGAGUGGCACAGCCUGCCAAGGCACUGUUUUUCUUAGACACACAUUCUAAUGCCAUCCACCCAGGCCUCCCCCUCUGGGGACUCCGGUCAUCCCAACACUGGGCUAAAACGGUCUCUCAACCACUGGCUUCCGAGCUCCAGCUCUCCCGUCCCCUGCCCUGCCUUGCCACCCGUUCCCUAUUUUUCUGUGGCUGGCUCCGCUUGCCUUUCUCCCUGAGCUGGUGUCUUCCUUCCUCUUAGGGGCAUCCUUCCACCCCGUAUGUCCCCCAGGUCUACCACCCACUUCUCGCAUCUGCUCUCCCAACCUGGAACUGGGUCUGCCUGACCUUCCAACCCGUGCUCCGUGAGUUGCUGUGAUGCCAGAAUCUGGGCCGCAUCAGACUGGUUGCUCCUGAACGUGUUGCGUCCUGGGCCUCACCUGGAGUCUCUGACUCAGAGCAAGGGGAGCGUAGGAAUUGGUGUGUUUCACAGGCACUUGCCCGCAGUAACUGGGACAGCUGGCCCAGGAUCCUCUUGGACAGGGCAAUGCUUGUGCCUCCCUCCCCUCCACAGGCAGCAGCCAUUCUGCCUGUGAACUUCCCAUACAUGUCAGGCACCCCGUCUGGCCAGUCUCGCUCCAGUGCCAGGAUUUGGGGCCCUGGAGGUCCAGAGCCUCCUUCCUGCCACAGGGCUUUGCACAGGGAGGUGUACGAACUACUUCCCGAAUGAAUGAAUGACAGAAGAGGUGGGAAGAGAGAAGAAUGACUUUUGAGAGUCAUCUGUGCACCUGAGACACAAAGGAGCAAGGCCGGCGCCUUAGAAGCCCCUCACUGAAAACUCUAAUGAGAGGUGCAGAAGCUUCUAGAUUAGUCAUUUAUUGAGGACCUAUUGUGUGUUAGAAUGUUUUUAAAUGGCAGCCCAGUGACCCAGGCUGGCUCAGCAGACUUGUUUGGUUUAGCCAACGGUGUUUUAAAUGCUUGAUGCGACAUUUUUAAGAUGGGGGAGUUCGCAUAAAAAUGCAGGUUUGGGGGGCUCUCUUGGAAUAGAUGUGGCAAUACUGGACCCGCCUUUCCCACACAGCACUUAAGCGCCUGAAGCUGUGACAGCUGCCUGCUUUAGAUGCACCUCGUUCCACCCAGUCUGCCACCCCCUCCCACCCCCCCACUGCCAGCAGGUGCAGAUGUGGGCACCUGUAGCCCGGAUGACAGGGCCUGGGAUCUGGCUGGCUCCUGAAGGAACCUGUGACCUCAAAAUACAUGAACACCCACCCGAGGGCGAUGCUCAUCCCAUCGUUUAUUCUGAUUUUUAGCAGCUUGGUGAGAUGAGAAUUGUUUCCAUCUUCUAAGAGGAUGCAAGGAGGUGUCCCGUGAACCCCUAGGAUCUCAGCAGGAAUUCAAACCCAAGUUGGCCUGCCUGGAAGCCUGGGCUUUUGUUCUUAGCCAGACUGUCUCCACUGCCACUGACUGCCAAGCUCUCCUUGUGUCUGAAGGACGUUGUGACUUCCUUGUUACGUCACCCACUCAGUCACAGUUGGGCUGAGAGCAGAGUGUGGCCCGGCCCCCCCAGGUCCCCAGGGCAGCCCUGCCAGCCCGGCACAGGCAGGCCCGGCUUAGCCACACGCGCCACCAUGAAGUACCCGCUGGUGCCACCGGUGGACGACCUCACGUUUUCUUUCCUGGUGUUCUGGCUCUGCCUGCCCGUGGGCUUGCUCUUGGUCUUGCUGAUCGUCUGGCUACGCUUCUUACUUAGCCAAGAUUCAGAGGAAGACGACUCAGAUUUAUGCUUUGAGUGGGAGCCCUGGAGCAAAGGCCCAGCCCAGUUUUGCUGGGAGGGGACACUGUAUAGCCAAGAGGAGGAGGAGCCCUGCUGCCUGGUUUUCCUGGAGUCAGCAGGGUGGUGGCAGUGGCCAAGGUGGAUGGGAGAGACCCACCGGGGAGGGAAGAAGACGCCAAGGGAGGCUCUUCCCUGGGAUCCCCGACUCAUCUCCUCCAUCAGUGGACACACAAAAGCCUCCAAAGGACCCUGCUCUUCCCCUACUACAGACAACCUCCCAGCGUCCCCGGGGAGGAGCCCGAGUCCAUGAAGGUGGUAUAAACAGGCACAAAGGGAGAAGUUGGCCAACUGAAUUUAGAGGAGUCCUAGGACAGGGCUGGGCCAGAAGGUGUAGGUCCGUGUUAAAGAAACAAGGAAGGUUCCUGUGCUCAGGAGACCCCCUAACAAACCUGCUGGGCCUGGCCAAAUCCAUUCAUUUAACAAGCCGUGGGGCCUGGGCCUAACCCCUGGCACUGACUUAAACUGUCCUUGAUCUUCUUCGGGACUCCCUGACUCUCUCCCAUCUGGUCAAGGGACUGGGGGAAUCUUGCUUUCAACUUCCUUUCUCUAAUUUCAAACUCACUCCUUGAUUCGCCUUUAGGUUGAUUUUAAUAACAAUUCGUUUUAUGAAUAUCUAUAGAGUAUUUACCAUAUGCCUGGUUAUGAUAAAAAAAAAUAGCUCACGUUUUAACAAGCACUCACUGUGUACCAGGUGCUUUUCUGUGUAUUUAUAACAGAGUUUUUAACCCUCACAACAAUUCUGUGAGGUUGGGUGUUUGGUUAUCCCUAUUUCACAGAUGGGGAAAAUGAGGCAAGAGUGGCUUUGGGGGCUGGGGGGCUCGGUGUUCUGUGGUUGGAAGAAAUCCCCUGACUUCAAACCCUCACUGGCUGCCCAGGGGCAGCAGAGUUGGUGGGAGAAGGGGACAGGCCCUCCAGGUGUCCCCUCCUCUGCCCCCACACAUCCCACCAGUCACCACAAGGCUCUUGAACUACCCAGACGAGAGACAAUGGAGCCUGAAUUAUUAUCUCGUCUAGAUGGUCUCACCAGUUCUGCUUUUUCUGCUCUGUCAGAAGGAUCCAUCCAAAGCACAAAUUGCAGCAAGCCCUUCCCCCUGCUUAAAGCCCUCUAUGGCUCCCUAUUGUCCUAGGGCUAAAGUCUGAGUUCCUUAUGUGGUGUAGAGAGCUGCCCUUGGAGAGCUGAGCUCCACUGAAUUUGCGGGACAAGGUUUCUGUUCUUAGCAACAAGGCUUCAGUAAAUACCCUUGAGCUCUUGUCUCCAUAUGCAAGUGUGCUUCUAUCUAGAGGAUAAAUUCCAGGAGGGGAGAUUACUGAAUUUAAGAUCGAUCACAUUUUGCAGGUUUUACUGACUGGCCCCACCAUAUGGUAGCACCAAGGGUGUGCAUUAAAGUGCCUGUUUCCCCCAGGCCUUAGCCCUACUGUCCAUGUAGGGCCACACACACACAGACACACACACACACACUCUCUUUUAUAUAUUCUCCCCCAGCCCCGUAACGCCCCCCACCCCCACGCACAUAGCUCUUCCUCCACUCGUGCUCUGUUCUAGCCGAGGAGAUUCUGGCAACCCACGUUUUCCUGGGAGCUUCCCUGACUUUGAAUAAACACUUUUGGUAAC